UCUCUCUGGGCUUUGUGUCUAAGGAGCCCUAGGGCACUGGGUGAAGGGCCUGGGCCCAUCCUGCCCUUGUGGCCCCCGGCUGCAGCCUCAGUGGCAUGGGGGUGAAGCGGAGCCUCCAGAGUGGGGGCAUUCUGCUCAGCCUCGUGGCCAACGUCCUCAUGGUGCUCUCCACGGCCACCAACUACUGGACCCGCCAACAAGAGGGCCACAGUGGCCUGUGGCAGGAAUGCAACCACGGCAUCUGCUCCAGCAUCCCCUGCCAGACCACGCUGGCGGUGACUGUGGCGUGCAUGGUGCUGGCGGUGGGUGUCGGCGUGGUGGGCAUGGUGAUGGGACUGCGGAUUCGGUGCCACGAGGGCGAGUCGCUGCGGGGCCAGACCACGAGCGCCUUCCUCUUCCUCGGCGGUGAGACUGCAGCUCGCCCCAGGCCGGCAGGCAGGGGCGGGCCCUGGGUGAUGGAGGGGCUUGGUCACCAGGGGAGGGGCGGGGCUGGAAGAAGCCGAGAGAGGUGGGCGGGGCUCGAGACAGAGUUCAGAGCUGGAGGCGCAGGAAGGGGCCUGGGCCAGAGGCGGGAUGAGAGGCGAUGGGCGUGGUCUGAUAGAAGGGGCGGGUCUGAAGGGGCGUGGCCUGGGUGCAGCCCCACCAGGCCCAGCUAGCUCAUCUUGCGGCUGGGCGGGGCCCAGGACUGCUGCUGCUGACCGCCUUGAUAGGCUACACGGUGAAGAAUGCGUGGAAGAACAACGUCUUCUUCUCUUGGUCCUAUUUUUCUGGGUGGCUGGCCUUACCCUUCUCAAUUCUCGCGGGUAACCUGGACAGCGGGAAGAGGGUGGAGGAGACUGCCCAGAAGACCCUCACCCCAGACGCUCCCCAGCUGCCCUCCCAGGAAACCCCAGGGACCUCUCAGGGACUCCCCAACACACUAAGACUCCCGCAGACCCGGCAGAGACCCCCUUGGAGCCCCAAACCCCAGUCCCCGGGGCCCUCCCGGCCAUCCGCCCCAGGGCCCACCUUCCUAUCUCUGCUCCGCGACCCCGUCCCCCCAGGCUUCUGCUUUCUGCUGGCAGACAUGAUCAUGCAGAGCACCGACGCCAUCAGUGGAUUCCCCGUGUGUCUGUGACUGCAGCCUGCCUGGGGCAGAAUAAAGGAACGGCUUUUUUAGC